AUGUCCAGAUACGAAUCGUCGCUUGUCUUUGACAGUCUGGACAUCGACCUUUUCGCCAAAGUCCUCUCGCAUACGGCAUUCAGUCCUUUCUUUGUCUUCUUCAUCCCGGUUUUCUACGUUUUCCAAGGCGCUAAACUCACUGACCCUGUAAUCAUUGGGUUUGGCGUAUAUUAUGUGGUGAUCUCUAUAUUCUGGUUCGUUCAAUGGUACUCGCGUCUGUAUCGAAACCAAGGCAGCCUCCUGUUCGGUCCUUCACCUAUGGAUUGGGGCGAACAAAUCGUCGUUAUUACUGGUGGUGCCUCUGGAAUUGGCGAACUGCUCGCCAACACCCUGGCAGUGCGUAACGUGACAGUUGUCGUUCUGGACGUCAACCCUAUUGUGACAGAGAAUUACAACAUCACCUAUUACAAAUGCGACGUGUCUAAAUGGGAAGAAGUAGAAGCAGCGGCCAAAACGAUCCGGGAGGAGAUUGGCGACCCGACAAUCUUGAUCAACAAUGCUGGCGUUGUCCAAGGAAAGUUGUUGUUGGACUUGACUCCUGAAGACGUUAACCAGACAUUUGGUGUCAACACAUUGGCGCACUUCUGGACCACCAAAGCCUUCUUGCCGUCCAUGAUUGAGAACAAGCAGGGUCACAUCGUCACGAUAUCCUCGGUAAUGGGCAUUGUUGGAGCAGCGCAAAUGACCGACUAUUGCGCCUCCAAGGCAGCUCUUGUCUCUUUCAACGAGUCUUUGAGAUAUGAGCUCGAUCAUAGAUACAACUGCCCUAAAAUCCGAACAACACUUGUCUGCCCGGGUGUCAUUCAAACACCCAUGUUUCAAACGGUCAAACUCCCGUCGUCAUUCCUUUGGAAGUUCCUCUUCCCACCUCUUCAGCCGGUCACUGUUGUCAAACGGAUCAUUGCUGCGCUGGACGAGCAGCAUUCGCAGUCAAUCUACCUUCCAUUCUACACUAAUUUUUCGCCAUACGUCGCUCUUUUGCCUAGUUUCCUUCGCGACUUUGCUCAGCGGGUCACUACCGCAAACUAUGCCAUGACAGACUUUGUAAAGGUUUCUGGGCGUAGAUCCGAAGAGGGACCCGCACCCCCUCUUCAGAACAACUCCAACAAGAGCGACUAGGCAGUAGAAUGUACAUAGCC